CGCUGUUUAGAGCUUUCACAUAGCAGUAAGCAUGUUUACACGAUCGGGCCAGUAAACCGGUCAUUUAUACUGACAAACUUUGGGAGCAAUGCACACAAGUGAGGCGUUUCGUUAAACUAUUCUUCUUCAUAUGUCAGAAUGUAUUCAAAACAGAUUUUUACGCCUCUGUGGCGCCAUCUCUGCCUGCAAGGAAGUCGCAGAGCAGCAGCUUUACAUCCACAAGUCACAUUAUCUCAGUGUGCCGUCUCUAUGACAACUGACACCACUGUCCAAGGCAACACAUAUGCAGAAGAAACGCCAGUCGAUUCCCAAACUAAGAGAGGUGGCUUCAAUUUUAUAAAAGCAACAAAGUCAUCGUGGGAUCUAACACCACAUAUUACAAAAAGUACAAUUGAAGACCUAGAACUGAUGUUCACAAAGGUGUUGUUUUCACAUGAAAUGUCGCUAGUUUUGGCUAGACUCAAUGAACUCAGAAGACAGGGCUAUGUCCAGGUCGAAACGCUUGGCUCCGGAAACUUUAGUCUGUUUGAAGAUAGACUACUAAAUGGAAUUUCGUAUUUGAGUGUUUCGGACACAGUUAGCUGUCUGCUGCCUCUUGUAGAAAUGUAUGAAACUGAUACACCUGUGAUAGAAGCAUUGGGGCAGAAGGUUCUUCAGAGUAUACAGAUCUGUCCUCUCCCUUCCCUCAUCAAGGUUGUGUCUCAUCUUCAGAACCAUCAGGAAAGCCCACUUCGCAAGGAGAUCGUCCAAAACGCUGCCAUCAGGCUUGGUGAACAGUGGGAGGACAUUACCAAACCGUCUCUCCUCUUGUCCUUGAUGUAUGCUGGGUACUCCAUCAAGGCAACUGAUGACCUGGCUCUCACACUGGUGCAGAACAUGGGCGCAAAACACUUAAGUCGAAUUCUGUUUAUUUUGGCUAAGAAACAACGUCGAAAUGAGCCCUUGAUUCGAUCUGUGGUGAAACAGUUGAAUAAACAGAAACAAGAUAUGAAUACGUUGAAUCUUAAAGACUUUGCUAAACUUUUCUAUGCUUGUAGCCGCCUUAAUGUGUAUGACACUGAGUUGUUACAGAGUAUUACUGCCAACACUACCAGCACUCUACAGCCAGAGUCACUCACCCUGCUGUCAAUCUUACGCUCACUGUCCGAGCUUCAGUGGAAAGAUGACACUCUCCUGGAUGGACUCACUGAACUCUUAGAGAAAGGGUUAGUGGAACUGUCUGCAAUGGACAAAGCUAAGGUGGUCAUAUCUAUUGCCAGAUUGAACUACGUCAGUCCACAGACAGUCAGGCUGGUGAAGGCCAUCUUGUCGUCUAACCUGGCAUCUGUCAGAGAUGAAGAUCCCACACAGUGGCUUGACCUUGUCUGGUCUCUGGCAAUCCUCAACAUGGCUGACAGUGCUAUGAUUGUGACAGUCCUUGACUCAAGCUUUAUGGAGUAUUUUCCAGUUGAAGACACAUACCGCAAGUGGUGGACGGACAUGAAGCUGAUGAACAUCAACACAACAGCCCAGCUGGAGACACCAGGCUAUGACGGCCCUCUGCUUCCACCUCAAGAUCAGCCUAAGACGACAGAGUUUAUGAAGAAAAACAGAUCAAGUGCCAAACUGAUUGACAAGGCACUCUCGACAAUGGUUCCUUUGGAGAAAUACGUCAAGUCCAAUAUUUUCAGCAGCUCUGGGUAUCACAUAGAUGCAGAAUUGUUUGUUGACAAAAGUGGAACACCAAAGCCGUAUGACUCGUCAGUUGAUGACCCAGAGCUUCAUAGGGUGUGUAUCCUGGUGCAGGACUACCUGGACAUGACGCUGCACGACAUCGCCCCCACUGGACUCCAGGCCAUGAAGGCGCGCCACCUCUCUCUGCUCGGCUACAAGGUGGUGCAGGUUUCCUACACGGACUUGGCGGACAAGAACACAGUGGUGAAGACUGUACAGUACCUGCAGUCUCGCCUCAAGGAGGCAGUCGGUGCAGCAUAGAGAUACAGACAGGCUGAGUGAUGGACAACGUGGGUCGCUAUAAGCUGAACAGGCUUAGGAUACAACAUAAUCCAUUGGUUACAAUUCUUGAAAUAUGGGUGGAUGAUUUAUAUUGUUUUAGUUUAAUAAAGAGUCCCACUCAA